UGUUAGAAAGUUGAAGUGGGUUUUUGUUUGAGCAAAAAGCCAAAUUGGGAUUCCCAAAUUUCUCUGAAAAAGAGAAUGUGAAGAAUCAAAGAGAAAAGAAAAAGAAAGUGAAUACAAUGUUUCAAUCUUCUCGCCGGACUCAUUCAUUCUCUUCCGCUUCUUCUUCUAAUUCCCUUUCUUCCUCUUCCUCUUCCUCUCGCGGUUCUUACUAUUUCCCCGAUGAUUCUCCUUUCUCCGCCGCCGCCACUCCGAUCCGAUCAUUCUCCGGCAACAUUCCCUUCUCUUGGGAGCAUUUACCCGGAAUCCCCAAAAAACAGUCUCCGGCCAGGCUCCGACGAGGUUCCGCCUCUCCUCUCUCUUCUUUCCUUCCUUUACCUCCCAAUUCCACCACCCCAUCCUCUUCCAAACGCUUCGGGUUUCAAGACUGGAGGAAAUCGAACCGCCAAAAUGCACAGCGAGAUCCUUUCUUCGACGCCUUCCUCGAAUGCUCUAAAGAACCUACCAACGCUGCUGCCGUUGACGCCGAGCUCUGGAGUGGCGGUAGCAAUGGUAAGGCGAUUACAAGAAGUCUGAGCGAUCGUUUCGGAUUCUUGAAUCUGUAUUCUUCUUGUAAACGGACAUGCGGCGUUUCGGAAUCCAUCGUUUACCUUCCUAGAACGGAAAGGAGUUCGUUCGAUCUGCUUAACCAGCGCACCGGCGGUUGAAGAAGAACAAAAAAAAGAAAAACAAGAGAUAAGUUGGUGAUUUGAUUAAAUGUUUGUUUAGUUUAAUUAAUCUCUUUGUUUGUGGUGAAAUGAUUAUGAUUAUGAUUAUGAUUAUGAAUAUGGAAUGAUGGCUUAAUCCCAAUUUGGGUUUGUUAAUCUGUGAUUACUGCGCUGGAUUUGUUUGUGAAAUUUACCUCAAAAUUUGAAUUGAAAAGUUGCAAAAUUAGUCUCUUAA